GUACUUAUCUCCGCCCACUCCAGCCCCACCCCACUCGCGCCCCUUCUGUAUCUAUAAUCUAUAUUCAUAUAUAAAUAUACAUACAGGCUCCGUUUGUAUGUAAAGAUGAUGUACGAGCAGCGACACCAGAGGAUGGACAUGAAGAAGAGGUCCCAAGAUAGGAGAAGAAAAUCAUCAAAUGUAGAACAAAAGCUUGAAAUUGUUGAUCUUAGUGGGAUGUCUUUGGAGGCUCUGCCUAACCCUCUUCUCAAUCUAGGGACCAUCUGCAAAUUUGACCUUUCCAACAAUAAUCUGCAGAUUAUACCAGAGUCUUUAAUAGCAAGGCUUCUUAAUGUGGUCGUGUUCGAUGUCCACUCGAAUCAGCUCAAAACCCUUCCAAACUCAAUAGGUUGCUUGUCAAAACUCAAGGUUUUGAAUGUAUCUGGCAAUCUUCUUCAAUCUCUUCCUAGGACCAUCGAAAACUGUAGAUCAUUGGAAGAGUUGAAUGCAAACUUCAACCAGUUAACACAACUGCCAGACACAAUUGGAUUUGAACUUCUCAACCUCAAAAAGCUUCAUGUAAACUCAAACAAGCUUGUAUUCCUCCCUUCCUCCACCUCCCACCUAACUAAUCUCCAAAUACUAGACGCCCGCCUGAACUGCCUCCGGUCGCUCCCCGAAGACCUUGAAAACCUAAUCAACCUCCAAGUCCUCAACAUUAGCCAAAAUUUCCAGUACCUUUCAACUCUACCAUACUCCCUAGGCCUCCUUAUCUCUCUUGUUGAGUUGGAUGUCAGCUACAACAAAAUCGCCGUUUUGCCAGCAUCUAUCGGUUGCCUUAAGAAACUCCAAAAACUUAGCGUCGAAGGGAAUCCGCUGGUGUCUCCCCCACUCGAACUUUUCGAGCAGGAAUUGCAUGUGGUGAAAGAGUACUUAUGUGACAAAAUAAAUGGACCCCAGAAAAACUCCCCCAAGAAAAAGUCAUGGUUUGGUAAGUUGGCAAGAUGUUAUACAUUCAAUGGGGCAAACAUACCCUAUGAUGAUAGAGAAGGGUUCGCAAUGCCCAAUUAUAAGACCAUUGAUGGCCUUUCUUCACCUAGUUACAUGGGGAUGUUUUCUCCAAGAAGACUCUUUUCACCUAAGACCUACUUUUCAAGAUAAGGACUUGAAAAUCCACUGGUAAUGAAGUCAAAAUUAAUGUUUAUUUUUCUUUCUAUCUUUUAUUAGGUUUUAAAAAUGCAUAUUUGUAGUGUGAUUUUUGUAGCAUAUUCUUGCGUGUUUGUAAUUAGUAAUUUGUAAUUAAUGGUGGCGCUCUCAGUUAAAUUUUAUCAUGCGUCCUCUGUAACAUUCAGUUAUGAACUGUACAUGAGAUAUUCGCUUGCUGUAA